AAUAAUAAAUGGGAGAUGGGAGAAAGAAAAUAAAGAAGGGAAGAAUAGAAAAAUAAUAAAAUAAAUAAUAAAGAUGAUAAAAGAAAGAAAGAAGAGAAACAUAAAAAAGAAAAACAAAAGAGAAUAAUAAAAAAGAAGAAUCGGAAGAUAAUAAAAAGUAAAAAAAAAGAAAAAAUAAUAAAAAGGAAGAAGAAAAUAAUAAAAAGGGGAGAGAAAGAGAUGAUAAAGGAAGACAGGAAGAGAAGAAUGAUAAAUAAGAAUAAAAAAGAAUAAUAAAGGAUGGAAAAAAUCCUAUACGAAUAAUAAUUAUUUUUUCAUUGUUUUUUCAUUAUUCUUAAAUAAAACAUAAUUUAAUAUAAUUUUUUGAAAAAAUAUUUGUUAUAUUUAAACAUAUAAAAAAUAUUAUAUAUGUAUAUUUUUUGACACUUUAUUUGAACUUAUUCAUGCUCAAUUAGCGGGAUUACUAAAUACUAUCGUCGUGGCUUGAUUAAUUUGUCAACAAAGCUGUAACAAAAAUUUUUAUAAAGAAAAAUAUUAUUUGAAAUUAUCUCAGGAAUCUUCAAUUAAUUGGUGUUUUAUAUUUUUCAGAUAUUUUUCAGAUUAACGUAUAAUUUCAUAAUACGUAUUUAUAUGGCUAUCAAAUAUAGUUUGAAUUUGUCAAUUUGAUACAAAUAUAUAUACACAUAUAUGAAAUGACAAAAAGAGUUACAACAUAUAAUACACAAAUAAUAUAAUUAAUAUAACAAAUAUAACAUAAAUAUAAUAUAAUAUAAUAUAACAAAUAAUAUAAUAAUAUAAUUAAUAUAACAAAAAGAAUAUAUAUAUAAUAUAUAUAAUAAUAUUGUUAUUAAUUUUUUUUUCAAAUUCGUUUUAAUUAUACCAAAAGUCUAGAGUUUGGUUUCAAUUUUAAAUAUAAAUUAUUUGAAAAAAAAUUAUUAAUUAUUUCAAUUAUAUUUCAAUUUGAAUAGGAAAUUAUUUCGAAGAUUGAAAUAAUAAAAAAAAUGUAAAUAUAAAAUGUACACAAUAAUAGAAAAAGAAUAAUUAGAAUUAGUAUCAAUAAAAUUUAUACUAAUUUAUAUUAAUAACAAUUUAUAUUAAUAACAAUAAUUAGAAUAGCUAUCUUAUGCAAAUCGUGUUGACAUGAGUUAAGUAAAGUUGUUUACUUUAAAUUUGUUUAUUAUUUUCAUUUCUAAAUCAAGAUAGAAAAAAUGAAUAACUCUGAUUAUAAGUAUACAACUCAUUGUAAAAGUUUUCUGCUUCUUCGAUUCUACAUAAAUAUUUAUAUGUAAUAAAAAAUUGUUAAUAUUAUAAAAUUAUUUAUAUAACUAAAUAAUUUUAAAUAAAAAUAUUACAAAAUUUUUUUUUUGUAAUUGCGCCAUUUAUCAUAAUAUCAUUUAUCAUUUUAUUAUAAUGUUUAUUAUGUAUGUCGAAAUUAUUCAAAUCGAUAGAAUAUAAUAAAUUUAUAUAAUAAAUUAACAAUUAACAUUAUGUUAAUAAUUAUGAAAAUUUAAUUUAUAGAUCACAAUUUUUGUAAAAUUUUUGUAAAAAAAUUAAUCAAUAAUUAUUUAACAUGAUUUCUAUUGAAAAAAAUUUGUUUUAAAUAAAAUAGAUCAUAAUACAUUUGAAAAAAUAUAUUCAUUUAAUAUUUGUUAUUUUAUAAAUAUUUAUUUGAUUAAUAUUGGGAAACAGUUUAUGAAUUUAAUUUAAGAAAAUUAGUAUUAAAAAAAUAAAUGAUAAAUAUGAUAUUGCAUUAACUAUGUUGAUCUAAUAAAUAUCUAAUCUAAUCUAAAUUAAGGGAUACGAAAAAAAAAAUUUGAAUUAUAUCAUAAUAUGUAUAUCAUAAUAUUAUGUACAAUCAAAACAUUUCAAAUUUAUAUAUUAAUUUUCGAUAUUUAAAAAAAAAAGUUUUCUAUCAAAGAAUGAACUGCAAUGCUGUACAAUUACAACAAGGUCAUUGUAUACGAACAUGUUGCCCCUAACGAUAUGUGUUUAAUCGAAGGAUUCCCCAAUUGCCAUGAGUCUCGUUCUAUAAUUACUUUCCGUGAUAUAGUAAUACGAUUUUAUCUUUGAAAUAAGAUAGUGCAAAAAGAACAAAUUGAUAAUAAAAAUCAUAAAAAGAAAAAAGAUAAUUGUAUCUUCUUUCUUUUACCUCUAAAAACGAUGCAAUUAGUUUUAUAAUCUUAUCUAGCAAAUAGAAGUCAAAAUAAUUCAAACUUAUGAAUUAAUAGUUGAAUUGAUGUUAAUCAACAUAUACUUAUUCUCUUUUAAAUGAGAGAAUAUUUUUAAAAUGAAUUAUAAUGACAAAGAUUUAUGAAAUGAAAAAUAAAAAAUAAAAAUAAGUAAUUAAUUGAUAAUUAAUGUAAUAAUGUAUGAUUAUUACUAAUAAUGAUAAUACAGUCAUUUCCGUUGCUAUUACAUAGUAUUAUUAUUAAAUAAAAAUGUUAUAUACUUCUUAAUUAUAUAAUUUGGUAUUUUUUAUAUCUAUAAGAAUAUUAUAUUAGCGAAAAUAUAACGAAUUUAAAAAUGAUUUAAGAAAUAUAAAUAAAAUAUUAAUUUAAUAUUUAAUAAGUUCUAUAUCUCGGUAUGCCUGCAUUGACUUUAGUAGUAUUCAGUAGUAUUGAAAAGCGGUUAAGUCAGACUGGGCAAAUACGCUUACAAUUUAUCCUAUAAUAUUACAUAUCUUUAAUAGCUAUUUAUUAAUUAAUAAUCAUGACAUAGAUAUGAUAUUUUUAAAUUCAAUUAAAGUCUUUCAUAAAUGAUGUUUCAUUUUUACUUGUUCUUCCUCUAAGAUAAUCUUCCUUCGUUUUAAUCUUUAAACAAAUUGAUUGUAAUGCAUACAGUGAAGAGAGGAUGAAGGAAAAAAACAGAAAAGAUUCAAUCAUGGCGCAGAAUAAAUUUAUAACGUUUUCUAUGUGUUUAUGUGCUUAAACUAACGUGACAAUCCAAUACCUAGUAAUUUCUUAAGAAGAGCUUUUUCUAUUGGUGGAAAUGGCGAAAUACAAGUUGCGUCGUUCGUAACGUCCUUCAAACGUUCUUAUCGAUUCUGAGAAUAUACAGAGUGUAUAAUACGAAGUUCACUGUCGAAAUAUGUUAGUUCGUCGGUAACAACGCUUGACCGAUUGUCGUUCAGUGAGCACUCAGUAUUAUUGAGGGAAAAACUAUCCUAUAAUUAUCUUUUCUUUUUUUUUUCAAUUACAAUAUUUUAAGUCAGACUGCGAAAAUUUAAAAAAAAAUGUCAGAUAACGAGAAUAAAUUAUGGUGUCAAAAUAAGCGUCAAAAUUGUGUUGUACAACCACUCUUAACAGAUUUAUACCAAAUUACAAUGGCAUAUGCUUAUUGGAAAAGUGAAAAGAUGAAUGAUUAUGCUGUAUUUGAUUUAUUCUUUCGUAAAAAUCCUUUUCAAGGAGAAUUUACAAUUUUUGCUGGUUUAGAAGAAUGUAUUAAAUUUUUAGAAAAAUUUCAUUAUUCUUCAAGUGAUAUUAAAUAUUUAAAAUCAACAAUGCCAUCAUCAAUUGAUGAAAGAUUUUUUGAAUAUUUGAAAGACUUAACACCAAAAGAUGUAACAAUAUAUGCUGUAGAAGAAGGUUCAGUUGUUUUUCCAAGAAUACCAUUACUAAGAGUAGAAGGUCCAUUAAUAAUGGUACAACUUUUGGAAACAACAUUGUUAACAUUAGUUAACUAUGCGAGUUUAAUGGCAACUAAUGCAGCCAGAUUUCGCAUGGCUGCUGGGAAAAAUAUAACAUUGCUAGAAUUUGGUCUUCGAAGAGCUCAGGGUCCUGAUGGUGGUUUAAGCGCUUCUAAAUAUAGCUAUAUUGGUGGUUUUGAUGGUACAAGUAAUGUUUUAGCAGGAAAACUUUAUAAUAUUCCUGUAGGUGGAACACAUGCACAUUCAUAUAUAACAUCUUUUAUUACUUUGGAUGAUUUACGAGAAAAAAGUUUGGCACAUAAAGAAACAGGAAAAGUUUAUGAUCUUUUAGAAUUAGCCUACAAGCAUCGAAAUUCUAUUGCAGCUGAUAUAGGAGCACUAGUUUCUGAGGCUUCUAAUGGAGAAUUAGCUGCUUUAAUUAGUUAUGCUAUUGCUUUUCCACAACGAUUUCUUGCUCUUGUAGACACAUAUGAUGUGGAAAGCAUCGAAUCUUCGGCCAAGAGACAAGCAUAUAUAGUCAGCCUAAAUGUAAAGAAUAAACAUCUAAUAAAUGGGUCCAAUAAACAUGCCCAAAAUGGUGUCAGAAAUGAUCCGGUUAUAUCAGAAUCAACUUCACAUCACAAGAAUGGCUUUUUAAGUCAAGGCGAAUUGGGUGAGCUCUAUGUGAGGAGUGGUCUUCUAAACUUUUGUGCAGUGGCACUAGCUUUAAAUGAUUUGGGUUAUAAAGCAAUUGGUAUAAGACUCGACAGUGGCGAUUUAGCAUAUCAAAGUAAUUUCGCCAGAGAUUUGUUUGAAAGAAUUGGUAUUAAAUAUAAUAUCCCUUGGUUUGGGAAAUUAACAAUCUGUGCAUCAAAUGACAUCAAUGAAGAGACCAUUCUAAGUUUAAAUGAACAGAAUCAUAAGAUUGAUUGUUUUGGGAUUGGAACGCAUUUGGUAACAUGUCAAAGACAACCAGCAUUAGGUUGCGUUUAUAAAAUGGUUGAAAUUAAUGAUCAACCUAGAAUAAAAAUCAGUCAUGAUGUUAGUAAAAUAUCAAUACCUGGUAAAAAAGUUGCAUUUAGAUUAUAUGGAGCAGAUGGAUGUGCUUUAAUCGAUCUUUUACAAAGAUCAACAGAAGAAAUACCACAAGUAAAACAUAAAGUUCUUUGUAGACAUCCUUUUCAAGAGUCAAAAAGAGCUUAUGUUAUUCCAACGCGAGUGGAGCCACUACAUAAGGUUUAUUGGAAAAAUGGUAAAUUAUGCCAACCUUUACUUACAUUACAAGAAAUACGAAAUAAAGUCCAAGAAUCUUUAAGAACACUUAGAAAUGAUCACAAGAGAAAUCUGAAUCCUACACCAUAUAAAGUUGCUGUUAGUGAUGAUUUGUAUAAUUUUAUACAUGAUUUAUGGUUACAACAUGCACCCAUUGGUGAACUUUCGUGAAACUGUAAAUACAUCAUUAUUAUAAGAAAGUAACAAAAAAAGGUCACGUAUUUAAAUAGCUAUCAACAUAUUAUUCAAAGAUUUAAAAUUUUAGCUGUACAAGUAUUUGACUAUAACAUAUAUAUUAUUUUGAUAACUUAUAAAAAUUGUAUUUUGAUAACUUGUAAAAAUUAUUUUAUAUUCAUGUAGCUUUACAAGUAUAGGAUGAAUUGUUUGUAGGAAGCAAAAGUAUAGAUUAUAAAUAUGAAAAUGUAUACAAAUGUAUAAAAGUAUACAGCAAGUAUAGAAUGUGUGAUAGUAUAUAUAAUAACUGUCAUACAUAUUUAGCUACUUUUGAUUUUUAAAAACAUAGAAAAAAUGAAUAAACAUAAAUUAAUGAUGCACAAGUAUUUCACAUGUAAAUAGGAAACAUUGAAUGUAUAUAUAAUAGAAGAAAAAUUAUAGAAUCGGCAAUGUAAAUUAAGUGUAAAUAUUCAUUAAUAUGUUUAAAAAUUUUUUUUAUAUAUUAAUAUCAUUUAUUGAUAAUAUUUUCUAUAUUUUAUAGUUUAAAAAAGAGUUACGAAUUUUUUUUAUAAUGAAAAUAAAAAAAAUUGAAAAGAGAAAAAUAAUUUUGUAAAAUAAAAAUGUAUGUACUUACUCAAUAUAAGCAAUUCAAUAUAUAUUUAUAAACAAUGAAAAAAAUUAAAAUUUAAAGACAAUUUCUCCUUGAAAAAAAAAUGUACAAAGUUUGAGCAUAAUAAAAAUAUAAAAUAUAAAAUUUUUAAAUAUAUAAAACUGUACAAAAAAAUAUAAAGAAAUCUUUUUAAUAUGUAAUAUAAAAAAAAACAUUUUAGUCAUUAAAUAUAUUACGAAAUUUUCAUUAAAUUUUUAUUUUUGAAAUUACCUAUUUCAUUCAAAAGAAUUUUUAUAAUUUAAUUUUAUUUACACAAAAAUUUUAUUAUUUUACAUAUUAAAUAUGUUGUCUUUUCAAAUUAAAUUUCAUGUAAAGCAAAUAUAUAAAUAAAAAAUAAAAGUUUUUGUAAAAA